ACUAUACUGCAGUACCGGUAAAUAUCAAAUUUCAAUUAAUUCUUCCUUGUAUUUUUAAUAGUAGUAGCAUGUUAAAACAAAGUAUUGAUCAACUGGAAGUAUAAAGAAUAUAGACUCUACCUGCAAUUAAUACCAAAUUUAUUUUAAAAGGUUGUUGAUCAGUCAAUCUUUAAUUUAUAGCGCUAUCAGUGUUUUUACAUACUAUACAUGUUAAUAUGACUUCUUGGAGAAAAUUUUAAUAAAUAAAAGAUGGCGUUAUCAGGGAGACAAGCUGAAAGCCAAUCUUCUCCCACAUUGUCACGAGGCUGCAUGGAAGACUAUGAAAUUUUUUGUCAACCAUGUGACUUAGUCGACCGCCGACUUCCAGCUUUCGGGUUCUGCAAAGACUGUGAAGAGCACCUGUGUGAAUCUUGUUUUAAAAAUCACAGAAUGACCAAACCCACCCGAUAUCAUAUUCUAUUGGAUGAAAACAACAUGCCACAAACUCUUCGAGUUCCAUCAGAACCUGCUAAUGCUGAUCAAUCUAAUGACCUUCCAACGCCCUGCCCUGAACACAAGCAAGAAAUUAUCAAGUUCUUCUGCCAUGACCAUGAAACACUUCUAUGCAAUGUAUGUGUCACACUAGACCACACACGAACAUCUUGCCAAGUCGACUAUAUACCUGACAUAUCUAAGAAGAGCCUAGAAAGCAAAGAAACCUUAAAGGACCUAGAGAAGGUGACUGAAAGAUACAAGAAAGCAACAGCAGAACUAAAGGAAAAGCUUAGCAAAUCUACAAAGUCCUUGAAAGAUGUUCUUGCUGAGAUAAAGAGCUUCAGACAAGAGAUAAAUCAGAGAAUUGAUGAACUGGAAAAGAAAGCUAUAGAAAGAGCAAAGGAUCUACAAAAAGAGAAUAAUACAAUACUGAAAAGAGCAGAAAAAACAUGCAAUGAUAUCACAAAGUCUAUUGAAGCAUCAUCUGACACUAUCAAACAACUAAGAGACUCCAAACAAGCAGCCAGACUCUUUAUUGAACUCAAAUCUGCUGAAAAAUUGAUCAGGGAUCAAGAGAAAAGGCUUUUACAGCUACCAUCACCAAAAAAUGUCACAGAAUUCUGUUUUCUACCAAGUCCAGCUAUAAUCUCCUCUCUUCAAGAAGAAAAAUCUUUAGGCACUAUAACACAUAAAAAGAAAGAACUACCAGGACCUCCUCCUCCUUCUGUAACAUUACCAAGGUUUUCAAAUCAAGGAGAUAUCUAUGUGAAGACACCAAAAGAUAAAGAAGGAUGCUGGGUAACAGGAAUGGUUCUCCUUACCCCUUCCAGACUGGUUCUCACAGACAGCAAUAACAAGUCAAUUAAAAUGGUUAAUCUGAACAGCAAGUCCAUAACUGAUCAUCUACAACUAGAUACUGCUCCGAUGGAUGUCACCAUGGUAACCAAUAAUCAAGUUGCUGUCACCCUGUCUGACAAGGAAACAGUUCAAUUUAUAUGUGCCAUUCCAAACAAAUUUGCAAAGAAACACAAACUCAAGGUUGACGGAUACUGCUGUGGUAUAAGUUGUUACCAAGAGAAACUUGUUGUAACAUUCAGUAAUCCACGCAAAGUACAAAUCAUUGACUUGAAGGGAAAAGUACUGGCAACAAUCACAGAUGAUUCAGAGGGUGACAGUCUUUACUUCGUUGCUCCAUAUCAUGUCACAUCAAAUAGUCACUCUAUAUAUGUCUCCGAGGCAAGAAUGUAUGAAGUUUUAAGGUUUAACUGGGAGGGGGAACCAACAGGCAGAUAUAGUGACCUGACCACUCCUAGAGGUCUUGUAAUGUUAAAUGAUGGAUCCAUCUUAGUGAGCGAAAAAGACAAUGGUAACAUACAACAUAUAUCUGGUGACUUAAGCAGAGGCAAUAUUGUGUUGAAAGACCUGUCAAGUCCAGAUGCUAUCUGUUGGUGCGGUACUGACAGUAUUCUGUACAUUAGUUGCUUCACUGACGAAGAUUCAUUUUCCAAUUCUAUUAAAAUGUACAUGAUGCUAGAAUAUAAUAAUCAACUUUAGGAGAACAUUCCCUGUCCUAACACUGGAGUUAUUUGUGAAAUUCUGAAUUUGUAAACCAAACACAAUGUAAAAAGCUGAAGACUGACUUAAUAUAACUAAUAAAAACAAUGUGUGUGUG